AAGUCUCAAGCGAUCAUCAGUUUUCUUCGACACUCUCGCGCGAUCAGCACUAAAUUCACUUAAGGGGAAAUGUUUCGGCUUAGCUCUUUUGGUUUUGUGAGGAAAAUGUGCAGUUUUGCCACAAAUGGCAAAAAGAUUUUGGAUUUCAGUGAUAUUCCAGCAGCCAAAGGACUUCCUUUCAUUGGGACAACGCUGGAUAUCAUGAAAGCGGGAUCAGCGCCCAAAUUUCAUGAAUAUAUCGAGAAAAGGCACGAAGAUCUGGGCGCGAUCUUCAGAGAACGCAUCGGUUCUCUUGACUGUUUGUUCAUCAGCGAUCCUGAACUGAUCCGAGAGAUUUUCCUGCACGAAGGAAAGUACCCUCGCCACGUGAUUCCCGAUGUUUGGAAGCUGUACCAGCGGAAGCACGAGAAUAAGAGAGGAUUGCUGUUCAUGGACGGUGAAGAGUGGCUUCAUCACAGGAAGAUCAUGAAUUCUCUCUUGCUGACCAGAGACUUUGCGGCAUUCAGCAAUCCCAUCAGAGACUCAGCGGAGCGCUUGGUUGGCAAGUGGAGGUCAGAGGAGACUGGGAAGCCCAUUGAGAGCCUCGAAUCUGACCUCUACAGAUGGUCGCUUGAGACGAUCACAAAUCUCAUGGUGGGUUCAUCUUACCAGCAGCUGCGGCCAGAGAUUGAGGAAUCCCUCGAGAGACUCUCCAGAGUCCUUCAUCGCAUAUUCCAAACUUCGGCGAGGCUUUUUAUUGCGCCUGCGCAAAUCUGUAAAUUCUUUGGCACGCGAUCUUGGCGGGAAUUCGAGGAUUCGGUGACUGAAACCCUGUCAAUCGGCGGAGAUAUUAUCACAAAGUUCCUGAACAACAGAGAUUUGCACGAUGGGAUCUUGGCAGAGAUGAUGACCAGAGAGAUUCCAAGGGAUUACAUCGAGAGGAUCAUGGUGGACUUGAUCAUCGCAGCCGGAGACACAACGUCUUUCUCCACUUUGUGGUGUCUUCACAUGCUGGCGAAACACACUGACGAGCAGGAAAGUCUUCGCAGAGAGAUUGAGGGCAGAGAAUCUCUCGCUGCCGACGAGAUUCCCGCCUUGAAGGCCACUGUUAGAGAAACUCUUCGGCUCUUCCCAGUCGCACCAUUUGUGGGCCGAAUUGUCGGCGGAAAUGGAACAAUUCUGGGCAAUUAUCGCAUUGACCGCGAAAUUAUGGCCAUCGUCUCGCUCUUCACAUCUUCACGCGAUCCCAGGAACUUCCACGAGCCCCAGAAAUUCAACCCAAAGCGCUGGAUACGCUCUCAAGACUCCACUGAACACAAACGUCAAGCUUCUCUGCCCUUCGCUCUGGGCGCGAGAUCUUGCAUCGGCCAGAGGAUCGCCAUGAAACAGAUGUGCGAACUCCUGCGGCAAAUCCUACUCAAAUUCCACUUGGAUGAUCAUUCUGGCCACGUUAUUCCGAUCCUCCAAUUGAUCACAGUGCCAGACAAAAAGAUAAAGAUUACUUUUCGAAAAAUCUAA